GAUCUAUUCAGCAUAGGCCUCUUACAUGAGAGAAUUUCAGCUCAGAAUAUAAAAACUUCUUACAAAUUACAAUAUUUUUAACAUUUUAAUAACUUGAAUCAUUUUUUCCAGAUAUAAUAAAUAAAAGAAAACAGUUUUAAAAAUCUACAGAACAAGAUCUGUUUCAGAGAUUAUGAUUCUCUCAGAGAGCUGCUGCUCAGCUAGCUUUCAUAACUAGUUUAUUUAUUAUUUUACCCCUCGCUCGAUAAAAUGGUCGAGAAACCCGUCCGUCCCAAACGCCGGAGAUCUGAGUUUCCGGCAAAUGCCAUAAGGGCCACCGACAGAGAAUAUUGGAAAAGGCGGCUAGCAGAGCAUAAUGCAGAGCAAGAGCGGCGUUCUCUCAUGACCCCGGAAGAAAUCGCCACAGAGAAUGGAUUGCAAUUACAACGCGAGCUCGCGGCUCACCUGGAGCUCAUAUUAUUCGGGAGUUUUUGUAUAUUUAAUACACUAAUGUACACGCUAAAAAAUACGCUAAUUGUGUCCUCGCGGUUGCGGCCAGAGGUUAAUAAAAGGUGCAUAGUUACG